AUGCUGCUUCUACCUCUUCUAUUGCUAGCGCUUAUCAUCCCAGGUGGUGACAAUGAAGAUGUUAAGUUGUUCCAGUGGCCAACCUUCUACCAUAUCAUCCAUAUUUGGACCUUUGCCAACAGCUCCUGGGCUCCAAACCAAGGCUCAGGCUUGUUGGAUGAUUUGCAAAUUCAAGGCUGGAAGAGUGACUUGGGCACUACCAUUUCCCUGAAGCCCUGGUCCAAGGGGAACUUUAGUGAUGAAGAGAUGACUGGACUGCAGGACCUAGUCCGAGUAUAUUUCAUUGGAUUCACUCGGGUUGUGCAGGACCAUGUCAGUGAGUUCUAGUUGGAAUACCCUUUUGUGAUCCAAGUCAAAGCAGACUGUGAGCUGCAUUCUGGGGAGGCUAUAGGAAGCUCUUUGAGAGGAGCUUUAGGAGGAAUGGACUUUGUGAGGAUCCAGAAUCAUUCCUCUGUACGUGCACCAGCCAGUGGCAGCAGGGGGCAGAAGUUUUGUGUACUCAUGACUCAAUAUCCAGGCAUAUCUGAUAUCAUUGAGAGGCUCCUCUCAGAAACCUGUCCUCGAUAUCUCCUGGGUGUUCUUGAUGCAGGGAAGGCAGAACUGCAGAAGCAAGUGAAGCCAGAGGCCUGGCUGUCCAGUGGCCCCCCUCCCCGGCCUGGCAGUCUGCGGCUGGUCUGCCACGUCUCAGGAUUCUACCCAAAACCUGUGUGGGUGACAUGGGUGAGGGGCGAGCAGGAGCAGCCUGGCACUCAGCAAGGAGACAUCAUGCCCAAUGCAGACUGGACAUGGACACCCUGCAUCCAUUGGCUUGAUACUUGUGGCAAUAAUAGUGCCCUCCUUGAUCCUUUAGAUAUGUCUGGCAAUAUGGUUUUGGAGACGCUGGUCAUAUCAGAAUAUCUCAUGAGCCCUGAAUGUCUCCUUUUCCAUUUGGAAUAA